AUGGCAGUGUACAGCAAUUUUACUUUAGAUCUUGAUGUCACUGAAAACAGUAUUCAAUUUGAAUGGGACAAAACGGAACUACUGGAUGCCUGUCGCAUAAACGAAAGUUAUAUUUGUACAGAUCAAAAUAAUCAUACUAAAGAUUUUUUGAGAGAUUCAAGGAAAGUGAUAGGCUUGGAACCUUACACAAACUACAGCUGCACAGUGAAACUGAUUUAUAAUAAUAAUACGGAAAUAUAUAAUGACAGUAAAGUCAUAAAGACAAAGGCUGGAAAACCAGGGGAGGUCAAGAACCUUAAAUGUUUUCAUAAUACUAGUACAUCAAUCACUAUUACAUGGGAAGAACCAGAGAGUCCUAAUGGUCCAUUGCCUGGCUAUAUUGUAAGAAAUGACAGCACUGAAAACGUCUUCAUUACAGAUACAGAUCGUCUGAGUUAUAAUUUUACAGAACUGGACUCAUACAAAGAAUAUACUUUGUUCGUUAAGGCAGUCAAUAACAAGACAGACAAAUAUUUACAUGGAAAAGAAAUAGAAAUAAAAUGUCGUACUGAUGUUGGAAAACCUGAGUCAAUUGAACAAAGCCCCACUGUAAAACUAACGUCAAAUAAUGCUAUUGAGAUUGACUGCCAAUACCCUAAAAAAAUGAAUGGGCCAAAAAAAGAAAUGCAUCUUAACUAUUCUGGGGAAUAUAAAACAUCAUUCGGAAAAAUUCAGAAACAUCCGAAUUGCCACUUUCGAAUUGAAGAUCUGAAUUAUUUGACUAAUUAUACAUUUAAGCUUACUCCAUUCAAUGGAAAAGAAUUUGGCCUUUCAACAGAAGUUAGUAUAAAAACUAAAUAUAACGAUAAGGCUCUCAUUGGUUUCCUGGUCUUCUUCAUUAUUAUUACGACAUUAGCCUUGCUCCUGGUUCUUUUUAAAAUUUACAAGCUACAGAGAGGUUCAUCAAGCCAGUGUGAGAUCUUGCCACUUGUUAACCAAGAUGAUGAGAAGCAGCUGCUCAAUAUUGACCCCAUCCCUGUGGAAGUGCUGUUGGAAACAUAUAAAAAAAAGAAUGCAGAUGAAGGACGCUUGUUUCUUGAUGAAUUUCAGAGCAUCCCCCGUGUGUUUAGCAAAUUCAGCAUUAAAGAAGCCAGAAAAUCCUCCAACCAAUCUAAGAAUCGAUAUAUUGAUAUUUUGCCAUACGAUGAUAAUCGGGUGGUUCUGUCUGGGAUACAGGGAGAGCCGGGAUCAGAUUACAUCAAUGCCAGUUAUGUUAAUGGAUUUAAAGAACCCAGGAAAUACAUUGCUGCACAAGGUCCCAAGGAUGAAACAGUAUAUGAUUUCUGGAGAAUGGUUUGGGAGCAAAAGUCAACAAUAAUUGUGAUGGUGACACGCUGUGAAGAGGGGAACCGGAACAAAUGUGCUCAGUACUGGCCAUCACUGGAGGAUGAAUCUGCAACUUACAAUGAGAUUGUUCUGAAAAUCACAGAGGAGAAAAUCUUUCCUGACUACAUUACACGGAAGUUGCACAUCAACAACGAGAAGGAGAGAUCUGAGAGAGAUGUGACUCACAUCCAGUUCACCGUCUGGCCAGAUCACGGGGUUCCCGAUGACCCCAAUCUGCUCCUCAAGCUACGUCGAAGGGUUAACGCACUGAACAAUUUCUUUAGUGGCCCAAUCAUUGUUCAUUGCAGUGCUGGUGUAGGACGUACAGGAACAUACGUCAGCAUUGAUGCCAUGCUUGAAGGCCUUGAAGCUGAGGGUAGGGUGGAUGUGUACGGCUAUGUUGUGCAGCUGAGACGUCAGCGUUGCCUGAUGGUUCAAGUAGAGUCUCAAUACAUCUUCAUACACAAAUGCCUGGUAGAAUACAGUCAGUUUGGGGAGACAGAAGUCAGCAUUCCUGAACUACCUCACUCACUGAACAACCUAAAAUCCCGCGACCCUCCAUCAGAGCCUUCCCAGCUGGAGAGUGAGUUUCAGAGACUCCCUUCUUAUAGGAACUGGAGACUACAGAAAGCUGGUAAUGACCAGAACAACAAGGAUUUGAAUCGCAACCCCAAAGUCAUUCCAUAUGACUAUAACAGAGUCCAAAUAAAGCUGGAGGAGGAGCAGCCAAAUGAAGAAAAUGAGGAGGAUUCUGAAUAUUCCUCUGAUGAGGGUGACACUGAGGAUGCCACUAAGUACAUUAACGCCUCUUACAUUAUAGGAUUUUGGGGAACCAGGUCCGUCAUUGCAACUCAAGGACCUCUGGAGAACACAGUGUCUGACUUCUGGCAAAUGAUUUUCCAAAAAAAAGUCAAAGCCAUUGUCACACUGUCUGCACCUUCCCAGGAAAACAAGGAGGCAGCUUGCUUUCCAUACUGGGAGCAAAAGAAAGAGACACACGAAGAUCUUGAAGUGGAACUGACCAAUGAGAAGUCUUGUGGCAGCUACACUGAGCGCACAUUUCAAAUCACAUACUCCAAGAAAACAGACAAAAGGACUGUUUGCCAGUUCCAUUAUGAGCAGUGGAAGGAAGAGCUUCCUGGGAACCCAAAGGAGUUACUAAAUAUGAUUGAAAAGAUCAGAAAGGAAUUCCCAGACAAAAGAGUGGAGGAGGCAAGCAAGCACGACAAAUCUGCCUCACUUGUUGUUCACUGCAGUGAUGGAUCUAAAAAGACAGGAACUUUCUGUGCCCUAUGGAAUCUUAUGGAAAGUGCCCACAUUGAGGGAGUCAUUGAUGUUUUUCAGACUGUAAAAAAUAUACGCAAGCAGCGUCCUGGAAUGGUGUCCUCUUUGGAACAUUACCAGUUCCUGUACGACAUAAUUGCUAGUACCGUGCCAGCCCAGAAUGGUCAGAUUAAGACACCUAACCGACAGGAGGACACAGUGGAGAUUCAGAAUGAAGUAGAAGUUAAAGUUCCAGUGGUAAAAGAAAAAGAGCAGAAUGAUAUCCCUCAGGACGAUGAAAUCAAAACUAAACCGAAAGAGGAUGAAAGUACCUCCAAUGGCCCGGCAGAAGCUCCAUUCACAGAAGUGACUCUGAGAAUAGAUGAAUAAUAAGAGAAAGGAUGAGGAGGCAGGGUAUAUGUACACAGUUCACAGACCCAGGACUGUUUUAGUUUGGAAACCAACAGUACAAUUAAAGAAUGGGUGUACAGUGCUCUGUGCAUAAAGUAGUAUAUCUAAUUCAUGUACACCCCUUAACCUGGAUUAUGUGCAGUUCCGAGUAAUGUACAAAUACAUGGCUUAGACCGCACACAGUUGUUGUAUAGUGGUUUUCUGUUCUAAUGUGAUGAAUGCAUUCUCUGUAUCAUACAUCCAUGCUCUAAUAGUCUCCAAAAUGUUUUAGAAUAGUAAUGAAUAUGCUUGUAUGGCUCAAACUUACCUUUAACUUGUUUUGCUCUGUUAGCAUACCCUUACUUUGUGCAUGUCUGGCUAGGAAUCAAAUGGAUCUUUGUGCUUCAUAAAAUUUCCUUAUGCCCACUAUCAACCAACAUGGCACAGGACGCGUUUCUUUGCAUGGGUGAAGGAAAGUUAAAAGGGAUUUACACUAUGCUUAGGAAUCAGUGUACAGCACUGCCUAAAUAUAACUGUAUAGAAUAUGGGCCCAUAAUAUAUACUAUUUUACAACUUGAAAAUACAUCUGUGAAAGGGCAAUAAUAUAAUGCCACCACAAAACAGUUUUACAGAAUCAAACGUCUCAGCUUUGUGUAUAAGAGUAGUAUUCAUUACAUUUGAAUUAUAUAUUGUGUGGAGUGUUUUCUGUAUAAAUUGUGAGCCUUCACUUCACACUUUAAACAUAACUGGCUGCGGUAUUAGCACCCUUUGGCAUAUGGAAUGGCAACGUUAAUCUUCAUUCAGAAUAGUUCCAUAGGAUUCCUGUACAUAAGCAACUUAAGUUCCUUAAAAGUUUUCUUUAUAAAUUUAAGUUAUGGGUUACAUGCUUGAAAAGCAUUAUAUUUAAAAAGAUAAAUAUUUUUAUUUUUAGGGUUUAUGUUUUCUUUUGUUUCCCUUUAGGUUUUGGGACUAUAAGGGGUCAAGCUCCCCGUUGCAGUCUGAUAUUUCUGGGUCCCCGUUAGUGCAUGGAAAGGCUACUCAUACAUGAAAACACAGUUACUCUGCUUUAGUUGCAUAACGUACAAAAAAUGAAACCAUUCCUCCAAACGUAUCUAUAGCUGCCAUUUGGACCGGCCCCUGCCCGCUGCUUUGGGCACUUCUCCUUAGACAGUAAAAUGUGAAGGCAUAAUUUAUUGUGUGCUCAUAUUUAGGGGGUAAACAUGCUGAAGGUGUGUCUGUUUUUGAACCAUGGCUGCUUCUAUACUUCUGAUAUGUAUGCUUGAGAAUAUCUGUAAUUACACAAACAAAGAGUAGCUGCCUUUGUGGAUGCAUUCUUCAUUAAAGGGAAACUAUACCCCCAGAAUGAAUACUUAACCAACAGAUAGUUUAUAUCAUAUUAAGUGGCCUAUUAAAGAAUCCUAUCAAACUGGGAUAUACUGUAUAUAUGUGUGUGUUAAUAUUGCCCUUUUACAUCUUUUCCCUUGAGCUACCAUUUUGUGAUGGUCUGUUCUCUCAAAGAUCACCUGAUAGGGUAUAAUGCAGCUCUGACUGUAGCAGGAAGAAGUGUGAGAGCAAAAGGCAGAGCUAUGUCCAUUAAUUGGCUGAUGUGACCUGUUUGUGUGCCAUUGGUUUAUUUAGAUAAAGCAGGGUGUUACAUACAAGCUGUUUUAUGUUAUUAUAUUUUGUACAUAGUUGAGGGUUAUAGUUUUCCUUUUACUUUAGUACAAUGUUGGCAGCAUCUGUUUCGGACAACCACGAGGUGCUGUUACCACUGCUGUGUAUGGAGACUGCCAGUCAAGGCACGGAGUAGAUCAGGCCUUGGGUGCAUGUACAAUUACAAAUAUAGAAAGAAUGAAUGUAUGACAGCCAGUAUAAUUGCCUGUAUAUUAGACUCAGUCUUAAAUUGUAAAUAGAGGUUAUUUUAACAAUGAAAAGCAAGUGUACAUGCUGGGAGUUUAGCAGACAUUGGCGUGUGAAAGGGUGAGGUUUUCUGAUUUUGAUACGAUAUUCAUUUAUACCUUUUUGUAACCCAUUUGUCUUUUUACCUUUGAAAAAUUAAACAGCUGUGUAAAAGACGUUUUCUCUG